UUUUGUCAUGUGAAAUUCGUUUGAUAAGUGAUACUGAGAGUGAGAAGGGCUAUUCUAAUUGUAUUUAGCAUUUGCUUUGUUAUUAUAAAAAAAUUAAUAGUACUUUGUUGUUAUUGAAAAAUAGCGUAAUGUCAGAUUUGUAUUUUAACAUCGAAAGUGGUUACCUAGAAGGUUUGGUUAGAGGGUUCAAAUCAGGAAUCCUGAAGCAUACAGAGUACUUAAAUCUUGUUCAAUGUGAAACUUUAGAAGAUCUUAAGUUGCAUCUGCAAAGUACUGACUAUGGUAACUUUCUGGCCAAUGAACCGAGUCCUCUUACAGUAUCAGUUAUUGAUGAUAAACUUCGAGAGAAAUUGGUAAUAGAGUUUCGACAUUUGAGAAACCAUUCAGUGGAACCAUUGUCAACAUUCUUAGACUUUAUCACAUACAGUUACAUGAUUGACAACAUAAUCUUGCUGAUCACAGGUACUCUUCACCAAAGACCAAUAUCUGAGCUUAUUUCUAAGUGUAAUCCACUUGGGAGCUUUGAUCAGAUGGAAGCCAUUCAUAUUGCUUCAACACCAGCUGAGCUAUACAAUGCUGUUUUAGUAGACACACCACUUGCUCCAUUUUUUGUGGAUUGUAUUUCUGAGCAAGAUCUGGAUGAAUUGAACAUUGAAAUUAUCAGAAACACACUAUACAAGGCUUAUUUGGAGGACUUCUACAAAUUCUGUGAGAAGACAGGAGGAACAACAGCAGAUGUCAUGUGUGACAUUUUAGCUUUUGAGGCUGAUCGUCGAGCAUUCAUCAUCACCAUCAAUUCAUUUGGCACAGAGCUAACUAAAGAAGAUCGUUCAAAGCUCUACCCUCGUUGUGGAAAGCUUUAUCCAGAUGGUUUGGCUGCUUUGGCCAAGGCUGAUGACUAUGAACAAGUUAAAAUUAUUGCAGAGCAUUAUGCUGAAUAUCGAGCACUAUUUGAAGGAUCAGGUAACAAUCCAGGAGAGAAAACUUUAGAAGACAAGUUUUUUGAACAUGAGGUCAAACUGAAUGUGAAUGCUUUUCUCCAACAAUUCCACUUUGGAGUUUUUUAUGCAUAUGUCAAAUUGAAGGAGCAGGAAUGCCGAAACAUUGUAUGGAUUUCAGAAUGUGUGGCUCAGCAUCACAGGGCUAAAAUUGAUAAUUACAUUCCUAUUUUAUGAUUGAUAAGUCUGACUUUCAUGGAUAUUUAUAUGUACCUAAUGUGAUCAUGUGAUUGCUCUAAACUACAUUUUAUUUGUAACUUUGAUAUUUAAGUGAAGUAUUGGUGAGAUGAAUACUUCAGAGAUUAUAAAUAACAUGAUGUGUGCAUAUUUAUGCUUUUUGUUUAAGUUUAUUAAAGUCAUCUGAUUUGCAAAAUUUAUCACCUUGGAAAAUAUAUCCAUUUCACCAGAGAGUUUUAUUUUAUUUUUCAUGGAAAGAUAAACGAACUUGUAACAGAAAACAUUUUAGUUAAUGUAAAGUUUAAAACUAACAUUGUUCCCACCUUGCUAUUUUAACAACAUUAUACUUAUUAUUAUCCAAAUGAUCAUGCUUGCCUCUGAAGGAAUUACUGGAAGAAACAGUUGUUUUCACUAUGAUUUAUAUGAAACAAAACUAGACAUCAAACAUGUAUUCUUAUUUGUAUAGUAAUUAAGUAUUUAAGGGUUUUUUGUAUAGUUUUUGUAUUUGUUUAACUUUGCUGCAAAGGAUACGAGUUUUUGUUAUGUGAAGUAUGAGAUAUUAGUGAGAAUAAAAUUUGAAGCACAUGCAUCAUUAUAAAUACCUAAAUUGAAGUAUUUUGCUGAUUGUUUAAUAUUUGCUUCUUUUGAAGAAUCAGAAGCAUCUCUUUUUACCCAUAUCUCAUUUUCAGCUUUACAGAUUAUUUGAGAUUGUACCACAUCACAUUCACCUAGCACAUGUCAAACAAUGCUUGAGCUGUCCUUAAACCUAGAAUUAGCGUGUUCUUUUACAUUAUCUCCCAGUCUUCUGACUGUUGAGCCUAUGAAGGUGCUAGGACAGUUCAAGCAUGGAAUAUUUUGUAACAGCUUAAAUGAAGUGAGGCUAUAGUAACUGACCUAUUAUUAUUAAUUUUUACGUGUUACCUUCCAUAACAAAAAGAAUGAGGUGUAGAUGUUAAACAUACAAAUAAAAUUCCUUUUUUUUAUAGUUGCAUUGCAUGAUCUUUAUGUACCACUGCAAAACAUUGGUAAAAACACUCAAAUCCUAGAGAUAUAAAAUAGUGAACACUUUCUGUUCAAAAAUUUCAAGGUAUUAGUGUAAAAUUUUGCAUUAAGAAAGUUGCUUUUGUUAAAAAAUUGGAUUCGUGUAUAUCCAAGAACAUUUUAAUAUUACUUACAUAUAAAGAAAUCCAUGUAAAUUAAAGUUUACUUUAAUAUUUUCAAUAAUCAUAUUUAGAUCGCAUUAGGAAAGUGUAGUUCCAUACCCUUUGAACUUGAAAUUUACAUGAUUGUUGGCUGAUGUUAUUGUAUCUUAUGAAAAGGAAGUGAUUUAGUCCUGUAUAAACCUAUUUCUCCAUAUGAAGUUGUAGUAUGUAUUAAAAUUACAAAAUAAAUUUAGUCCUGUCAUUAUU